AUGACAUUCCUCUCCGAGCCGCCGUCAGGCUUGCCCUUUGACGUGAAUCACGAGUGGCGUCAAAGGGCUCCUAAAGGCUGUAGGAACCCCAAGAAGCUUCGAGUUGAGUACUGGAAAAAGUAUAACCACGUCGAGAUUCCGUUGCGGAGCAGGCAAGAUUGGUACAAGGUUGCUCUCAAAGUCGCCGAGGAAGCUAGCACGCCUGAGGAGCUAGAGAGAGGGUUCGAGGCCGAAUAUUACAACGAUCUCAGGAAGCAGCUCGAGCUUGCUAGGAAGGUUUGCAAAAAGGGCCGCGAUGGCGACUCGUACAAUCUACAGCGAGCAACAGCCGAAAUCCUAAACGAGAAGGCUCUGGCAAGCCUGCUACAGCUGUGCACUUGUCUGCUUUACGGCUGGGCCGAACCUGACCGCUCCAAAAAGGACAUGGCGGAAGAGGAAGAGGCAUAUAUUGACAGGGCUCUGAAAGAUCCGUCCCUGAUUUUUCCUUCUCAAACUCAGCAUAUCUCCUUGACCAAGGACGGCGAGGACGAGGAUACAAGCGACAACGCUAUCGAUACCGAACCCGAUUCCGAUUGGGACGAGUUUGGUCCAUAUGAAGCGCCUUUAAUGAGAAAUUAUUGCUUCGAUUCCAUCGCUCAGCUAGAAGGACCACCGCCUGCAUAUUCUACAGAUGCCGCCGCAGAAAAGAACCCACACGCCAAACCAGCAUUGAAUGCCGGUACUGUCGGUGCCCAUGAGCAUGCCAAACGAGAUACGGCUAGGUCGGUUGCCGAAUCAGCUCAACCAUUAGCGCGACCAGCAUCAACAUCAAAGCAGGAGCCAUCAAGCAUCUGCAAUCAAUCCAUGACGAAUAGAGCAGCCCCGCCAUCACCGCCAAGCACAGCAUCGCCGCGGUCAGACUCAACCGCGGGGGCAGGUUGCUGUUCCGGAGACGAUGAAUCACAGUCACGGCAGCAGCCGACAAGCCCAGCAUCCGUCCCCGAAGCAGCAGCGACAAAGAAGCAAAAAUGCGGCGAACCGGUAGCAAAUGCAAAUGGCAAACGCAGUGACUACACAAAGAGUAACUCGAGUCCGACCCACGCGGUCAAGUCAACGGGGAGGAAGCGGAGCAGGUCAGAAAGCCCUUUUGAUGCUGACAUUGAGGAAGAGGAGCGCUUUUCCAAACGGCGUAGUAAGUUUAGAAAGUAA